UAUCUCGUUGGUGAUGCUCUUAUUAGUGUUUUUGUUAUGUCAUAUCGGUCACAGCGGUCAUAACGUUCAAGCUCGUCAAACGUGCUCAUGGGAGAUAUGUAAUCGCUGGAGCAAUAAAGAGGGCAUCAUCAACGUACAUCUUGUCCCACAUACUCAUGACGAUUUGGGAUGGAUAAAGACCGUCGAUGAAUACUACUAUGGAGGUAAUGUUAUUAUAUA